GGCUUCUUACACAGCCAAUUGCAUUCCUCAACCCACUGUAAUGCCUCUGUGUGUGUGAACCAGCGAUGCCAGCGAUUAAUAUAGAGGAUCUGAGCGAGAAGGAUAAACUGAAAAUGGAAGUGGAGCAGCUCCGGAAAGAAGCAAAGUUACAAAGACAACUGGUUUCUAAAUGUUCAGAAGAAAUUAAAAAUUACAUUGAAGAAAGAUCUGGAGAAGACCCUCUUGUGAAAGGUAUUCCAGAAGACAGGAAUCCUUUUAAAGAAAAAGGAGGAUGUAUUAUCGCUUAGAAGAACAACACCAUUUU